AUGUAUUAUGGUAUAGGUAAUUUUAUCCGUGCGUAUGAGGUGUGUAAGGAGUACUUGCGGUUGGAGCAGGGUACUUUGAAUCUUGCAGAUUAUUACUCUCAUGUUCGGGGAGUUUGUGAGGAGAUGAAGACCUACCAUCCGUUUAAUACUGAUGCAGUAGUUUGGCAGAAGCAACUUUANCUGUUGAAUAACAUUGAGCCUAGUAUUAGUUUUACUUUGCUCUACCUUGACACUACCAAGGAGAUAUGGGAUCACUUGGCCACCAUGUAUUCUGGUAUAG